AUGGCCGAUUUCGAAACUAUCAUCAAGGACGCCAUUGCAGCGCAAGAAAUCCCCGGAUGUGCUCUAGCGGCCACAAGUCGUGAUGGCACCUUCACAUACUCCAAAGCCUUCGGCCACACCUCAAUGAACCCCAGCACAGCCAAACCCAUGGACCUCGACACCAUAAUGUGGGUCGCAUCCUGCACCAAACUCAUGACUGCCCUCUGCGCCAUGCAACUCGUAGAACGCGGUCACAUCACCCUAGACGAACCUGUCUACAGCCAUAUCCCAGAACUGGAAGUAUUGAACGUUCUCACCGGGUUCACCGACGCCGGAGUUCCUAUUGAGGAAAAGCACACAAAGCCUAUUACUCUGAAGCUACUGCUGACGCACUCGAGCGGCCUGACGUACGAGGGCAUGCAUCCGAAAACGCUAGCCUGGCUGAAGCACCAUGGAAAGAAAAUGAAUGCCUCGCCAACGGUUGUGCAGCGCUUCAAUGCGCCACUUGUGUUCCAGCCGGGCGAGAGCUGGGCGUACGGUCCUGGUGUUGAUUACGCCGGUUUACUCGUCGAGCGUAUCUCCGGUCUCACACUAGAAGAGUACAUGAAGAAGAACCUUUGGGGUCCGCUUGGCAUCACCGACGUUACGUUCUUCCCCUCCACGCGCCCGGAUUUACAGGAGAGGAUGGCGGAGAUGUCGGGGCGGGGUGAGGAUGGGAAAUUAAGUGUUCAUGAGGGGACGAUGCCGUAUGUGGAUGAGAAGGGCGAGGAGGAUGAUGCGACGAACAACGCAAUGGGCGGUACACACAAACACGUAGCCAAAGACUACGCUCUCGGCGGCCUGAUCAUGAUGGACGACGCGCCCGAUGGCAAGAAGGCAGGGACGAUGCUCUGGGGCGGCUAUCCCAAUCUCAUCUGGUGGAUUGACCGUAAGACUGGACUUGCUGGCGUGUACGCCGGGCAGGUUGUACCGCCUGGAGACCUGAUUUGCGGGCGCUUGAUGAGGAAGUGGGAGGAAGGCUGUUAUGGGUUGUUUGAGAAGCAUAGAGAAAGUAAGUCGAAGCUUUGA